CUGGGUCUAGUCUGCCCAUCCUAGUCCGAGGCAUCUGGGAAGUUGCUCCAGCCUUAGAUAGCGAGUGGCAUUUCCAACUGAAGAGAGCGCAGAGGUGGUAAGACGCCGGCUCUCAUUGGCGUCGCGCGCGAUAGGCUUGUCUCAAGUUCUCUCCAGACCACUUGCGCCUUGCCCGCAUUCCAACGCCUACCACCAGCCGAGUCUGUUUCACCGUCAAACGUGCACACGAUGCGACUCGUCCCGGCCGGACCCCUCUUCCUCCCUCUCCUCUUUGCCUCCCUCGUCGUCGCCCACCCUUACCCGCGCGACCAUCUCCAAAAGGGCCGCGGCGCGUCCAGCGGUAUAGCUGGCCGUGCCGACGCGGCCACGGCCGGCGGAUUCGACUUCUACACCACUACCUGGACUGAGACCAGGACGUAUACCAGCACUAUCAGCUCUUUCGUCGGCGUCACCACACCGGCUUCGGGCGGCGCGAAUGGAGAGCCCUGUGUGCCGCCCGAGGGGUCUGGGCAGAUCGCCUGCGGCCCCAUCUGCUGCGCAAACUGGCAGUACUGUGCUUAUGAGGGCCAGUGCAUGGCCAACGCUGGUGGUCCCGGUUCUUGGACCGAAUGGACAACGGUCGGCGUCAUCACGACCCAGUAUUCGGCGCCGUACCGUGUCACAAGUGGUAGCACCAUCUUGCAGACGUCGACCCCGACUACGACCGGUACCGCGGCUAGCGAAACUGCUUCCCCCUCCGACACCGCCGCCCCGGUUCCUGUCGAAUCCACGAACGGCCAGUUGAGCGGAGGCGCAAUCGCCGGCAUCGUCAUCGGCACGAUCGCCGGCGUGAUCCUGCUGCUGCUGCUCUGUUUCUGCUGCAUCGCCAGAGGCCUUUGGGGUGUGUUGGCUGGUAUCCUCGGGUUGGGCAAGAAGAAGAAGAGUACGGAACGUAUCGAAGUCAUCGAAGAACACUAUUCGAGACGUGGCAGCAGGCACGGCAGCGCGUAUGGCGCCGCGCGACCAGCUCACCGAACAUGGUUCGGUGGCGGCGGAGGCGGCGGGGGCGGCGGCCGACCUUCGUCGGCCGGCGAAAGGAAGGAGAAGAGCUCGGGCGCCGGCCUUGGGAUGUUAGCUGCCGGCCUCGGCGCGCUCGGCCUCCUACUCGGCCUUAGAAAAGACGACAGGCGCAGGCCUAGCAGCCAUAAGCCCUCACGCAGCGAGUGGAGUAGUGGGUACUACACUGACUCCUAUACUGCGAGCAGCCCUAGUGAGUUUAUCCUUGAAAGAGGUAAACUCCGAGAGGGUGUUUACUGACCGAGAUUGUCUAAACAGGUAGCCGAAGCUCGGAUAGGAGAACGCGAGACACACGACGAUCCAGGCAGUCGAG